AUGAACAAUCCCAUGGUGUCACUGUGGACCGACAACAAGAUCUUUGGAGCUAACUUUGUCAAAUGGAAAGAGAAUAUUAAUAUUGCUCUCAUUGGUCAAAAUGCCCUGUUUGUGUUGACUGAAGAGGCUCAUGAGCAGCCAAGUGAGAAUGCGACCAAGGUAGUUAAAGAAAAGUUCGAGUGUUGGCAGAAUGCUAACAACAAAGCUCGAUACUUUAUGCUGUCUAGGAUGGUCGACACCUUGAAAACAAGGUUUGCCAAUACUCUCAUGGCUGCAGAUAUCAUGAACCAGUUGACUGAACUAUUUGGGAUGGCUUCAAUUCAAGCUCGCUUUGAGGCGACAAAGAAUUUUAUCAAUCCACGGAUGAAACCUCAUCAGAAUUUGGAGUUUAACUUCCACGAGUUGAUCAACCACCUUAAGACAUUUGAAAAUUUGAUUGGAGGACCACAUAAAGGAGGAACUAAAGCUCCUAGUUCUGGCACUGCUAAUGGUACGACCAAGGCUGAGACAAACAUUGCAUCUACUUCGAAACCCAACAACAAGAAAAAUCGGAAGAAUAGCAAGAAGCCUCUUAAUUAA